ACUAAAGAGCAAAGUCAGAUCUUUUCAUUCUCAGCUCAAGUCCAAACCCUUCACAAUCUCUUCAUAUCCCCUCCUCUCUUUCACCAAUGGCAGGUUACUACAGUACUUAUCUUUCUAUUUUCCUCGUACUAACAAUAACCAGCCUUGGGACGAUAUCUGUUCAAGGACAACAUACUCGGUUUGGGUUCUAUUUCAGAACAUGUCCUCAAGCUGAAUCCAUUGUCCGAGCUACUGUCCAAACCCAUGUUAAUGCGAACCCUAGACUAGCCCCAGGGUUACUGAGGAUGCAUUUUCAUGAUUGUUUUGUUCGAGGUUGUGAUGCUUCGGUUCUUAUCGACGGACCUUCCACAGAAAAAACUGCUCGACCUAAUCUUUCACUGAGAGGUUAUGAAGUCAUCGAGGAUGCAAAGAAACAAAUCGAAGCUAUUUGCCCUGGUGUUGUUUCCUGUGCUGAUAUUCUCGCCUUAGCUGCAAGAGAUUCUGUCGUAUUAAUGGGCCAAGUUGGCCAGUAGCCACCGGACGUCGUGAUGGGCUUGUAUCAUUAGCUUCUGAUACCACUAAGUGAAAACUACAGUGAGACCAUUUUUCCAGAUUUUUCUACUGAGAAACCCACGGACAGAAAACUUCAGGCGCGUCCCCAUUUUUGGGAAAAAAAUUACUCCCAAACCCAUAUUUGUUAAAAACUUUGCUUUUUAAUUUUCUCCAUAUCCUUAAGUGUAAAUCUCGUUUCUCAAAUCUCUACCUUCUGUGGACGAAUCUGAGCUGUUUUCAUUGAAUUGAAAACUUUGAUUUCUUCUCA